AUGGUGCUCCGGCGCCUCCUAGCCCUAGGCCGCACCGCCGCCGUAUCCGGCCGUCUCCGCCGCUCCCUUUCCACGGCUGCCUCACACCCCCUCGUGGGCCAUGAUCCUGGAUUCGAUGCCGGCCUGCGAGUCGGUGCCGCCAUUGCUGCUGUUGCUGCUGUUCCAGCGCCGGUGCUGGCGUACGGCUGCUGCGGGUCCGUCCGGCCACGGCGGGGCAGGGGAGGCGUGCGAGUUGCUGAGGAGAGGUCGAAGGCGCGGUUUCAGCUCGCCGCGGUGCUGUACAGCUACAAAAAACCCACCAGCAGCAAACAAGCACCACCACGCCACGCCAGUAGAGUACGCCACCACCAAACCCACCGCCGGGAUGCUGCUCCGGCGUCUCCUAGGCCGCGCCCCCGCCCUAUCGGGCCGCCUCCGCCGCUCCCUUUCCACGGUUGCCUCACACCCCUCGUGGGUCAUGAUCAUGGACGAGAUGCAGGCCUGCGAAUCGGUGCCGCCGUUGGCGCCUGGCGCGUUCCCGUUCCUCGCGAAGCCUCCGCGCCAGUCCUCCGUGUUUGUCCCGAAGCACCUUCUCAACACAGCGCCGUCCCCGACCCCGACACCGGCGUCAAGCAAUUCCUCCUCGGCCAUGUCCGCUCCGCGACCGGCGACGGCCUCCUCCUCCUCACCUACCUCGACAUCCACGUCACGGAUCUCCGCGUCGACAAGCAAACGGGGAAAUUGACUGGCAUCGAUCCCAACCACGUCCCCGACAUCACGCGCCUCGUCUGCAACCCGGUGACGGGCGAGCUGUUCCGCCUCCCGGACAUCGACGGCAGCACCAAGAUCCGGGACGGCACCCUCACGCACAUGGGCCUGCUCACCCAAACCGACAGCGGCCACGGCCCGCCUGACAGGUACGCCGUGGUCGAUUUCGUCGAGCUCGAGCAUGACGCGAGCCGGAAUUGGGUCGUGCAGCGGUUUCUCUCUGAAACACGGAAGUGGGACACUGUGGUGAGCGCGCCGUGCAAGCUCCCGCGAGCGCGGGCCGUGAUGGUAGACAUGGAACACGGGUCUCUGGAUUUCCGCGGCCGGAUGUGGUGGGUGGACUUGACGUGGGGCGCCAUUUCCGUGGACCCGUUCGACAACCGGCUGGAGCGCCGCUUCGUCGAGCUGCCGAGGGGCAGCGUGCUGCCUGAAUGCACAGACAAACCUAUGUCUACACCGAGGGCGCGGGCGCUGGGGCGGUACCGCCGCAUGGGGAUCAGCGAGGGGAGGUUGCGCUACACUGAGGUGUCUCAGAGGGAGCCGUUCGUGCUCAGUUCAUUCGCUCUCGACGAGGAGAGCGACGACUGGACGCUGGAGCACCGGGUCGAACUCAGCCGGGUCUGGGCGGAUGGAGGCUAUCCGUGGCUGUCCCUGCAAGGGAACGAGACGCCACAGAUUGGCGUUCUUGACCCAUUGAACGCCAAUGUCACGCACCUCACUGUCGGCGAGCACAUAGUUGUGGUGGACAUGCACACCCGAAAGGUGGUUGGGAGUUCGCUUUGUCGCGGCGGCGGCGGCGGCCGGUGUUUCACUUUCAUACCAUGUGUGCUUCCACCGUGGCUUGGAUCGAGCCAAAUCCCUUCAGCAGGCGAGAAGAACAUGGUGGUGAAAAACAAGACUUUGGCAGAUAUCCUUGUUCGUUCAGACAGACACUAGCUAGAGGAUAUGCAGGUGGCCUGCGAUGGAUAGACGAACAUGAACUGCGACGGUGACGGCCCGAGGGUGAGGGGCACUGUGGCAGCAGCCUGUUGCACAGAGCUCCCAUCUCUAUCCAGCCGGUUCUGCGGCAGCCGAAGGCCUGCUUGGGUGAAACCUGCAACAUUCAGACGACAAAAAUUUAGCACUUCUUUUGAUAGGAGUACUUCAUAUGUUCAUAUAGUUUGUCCAGCUUGUGUUGCUCACCAUAUUUAUGGGGUUGCGUGGCCAUUUUCUCAUAAUCCCACUACUUGCCGUCAUAAACGGAGACCGACUCCCAAUUUAUUUGUGCAAGGAUGAUGACGCAUGCAACUUCAUUGCAGCUAGUGUCA